AUGGUCCGCCAUUUGUUUUGGCCCCCUACAACGGAGGGAAUCCUUAAAAUUCCUCUCCCUGUGGUGGCUAAGGGUGAUGUGUUCUUCUGGCCGCACACAAUGAAUGGUGAAUAUACUUCUAAAUCAGGUUAUGUCGUGGUAAGGAACAUGGUAAUUCAUGCGUUACCAUCUUCCUCUUCUGCUCUUCAGGUUCCAUCGGCGACUUGGAAAGUGUUGUGGAAGGCUCCAACAUUGCCACGCUGCCGUGAGCUUAUUUGGAGGGGCUGCCUCAAAAUCUUGCCUACUCGAUCCCUUCGAGCGAGAGGCGUGGACGUCGACGACCUCUGCCCAUGGUGCCAGGUUCAACGUGAAACCCCAUCCCAUGCGUUGCUCUUUUGUCCGGUGGUUCAGCGGUGGUGGUUUACCUCUCCCUUGGGGUUUCGGCUGGAUAAUGAGGUGGAGUUCCAUGUUUUUGUGGCUGAGUUCUUUAGUCGGGAUGAUGAGGAAGCGAGAAAUAAGAUGGUUUUUGAAGGGACCGUCCCAGCUUUGGAGCUUCUUCUAUCGCGGGCUUGCUCUCUUGCGGUGCCGCCGGUAACAGAUCAUGGGAAUCACCAGCAAUCGGUUCCACCUCAGGUGUGGCAGCGUCCAGCUGCAGAUUCCAUCAAGAUAAAUUUUGACGCUGCUUGGGCAAACACUGGAGCUGCUAGUUAUGGAUGCGUGGCCAGGAAUGAUGAAGGAGAGGGGCUCGCGGCAGCUACAAAGCCGACAAUGAGAGGACUCUCAUCCCUUUUGGCGGAAGUAGAAGCUUUUCGAUGGACCUUGGGAUUGGCUUUGGAUCUUGGCCAUCGAGUGGUUAUCUUGGAGACGGACUGCAAGGCCCUGUUUGAUGCAUGA